CAAAUAACAUGAAAAUCUCUUAUAUUAUUCUUUGCAGAACACCUGACCAGUGUCCCAGUGUGGUGUCUCUAUUGGCUGAGAGCUACAACCCUCACGUGCGAUAUGGAGCAGCCAUGGCUCUAGGCAUUUCCUGUGCUGGUACAGGGAACAAGGAAGCUAUUGCUCUUUUGGAACCGAUGACCAAUGAUCCCGUUAACUAUGUUCGCCAGGGAGCGCUUAUCGCCUCCUCUCUUAUUUUGAUUCAGCAGACUGAAGUUACUUGCCCCAAGGUUAAAGACUUUCGGCAACUAUACAGUAAAGUUAUUAGUGACAAACACGAUGACGUCAUGGCAAAAUUUGGCGCAAUUUUAGCUCAGGGUAUUAUUGACGCAGGUGGACGUAACGUAAGUAUAAGCUUGCUGUCUGGAACUGGCCACACCAACAUGGAAGCAGUGGUUGGGAUGUUGAUCUUUACCCAGUACUGGUAUUGGUUUCCAUUGUCCCACUUCAUCUCGUUGGCGCUCAAGCCCACUGGCUUAAUUGGACUCAACGUCGACCUCAAGGAUGACGAAAAGAAAGACGAAGGAAAAGAGAAAACCAAGGAUAAACCAAAAGAGAAAGCAGUAAAAACAGUAGAGGCUGAUAAGGAGAAAGAGAAGGAAGAGAAAAAAGAACCUGAACCAAAUUAUGAGAUCAUGUCUAACCCAGCACGAGUGAUGAAGCAACAACUGAAAGUGAUCCAGGCCAUUGAAGGAAGUAGAUAUGUUCCUCUUAAAGAUGUGAGUAUUGGCGGAAUCAUUAUUAUGAAGGAUACGAAACGAGAAGACCCAGAGGACCUGGUAGAACCUGUAGCAACGGGAGGCCCCAAGGUUGAAGAUGAGGAAGAACCAGAACCUCCAGAACCGUUUGAAUAUAUAGAAGAUUAAUAUACAACGCCAACAAGAAAAUAAUUUGUUUGUAGACUAAAACGUUUAUUCAAAUUUAGCCCUUACUAAAAAGUAUCAUUGUUUUUGCUCUAUUUAAUUCCAGCAAAUAUUUCGAGGGUUGUAGUUCAUUAAAUCUGACAACUCAAUUCAAGGUUUUUACUGUGCAACAAAGAUUUGUUUUAAUAUUUUGAGUUCGUUGUCAUGAAUGCUGUACUAGUUAUGUCGUUAUAAAAUUGGACUUGUGCACUUGUA